GAUGCAGGGGAUCCCUGCUCUUCCUGUAUGAACCUGAAACUUCUGGUGUAGGUGCGACUACAACGCUUCACCUGUUGUUCCUGUUGUCUUUUAUCCUGGUGGAAGUCUCAGUUGAACUUCCUUUCUCUGUUUGGGACUAAACUGACACUUGGCUUUCCAGGCAAUAGACAAAGGCCUGGAUUUACUUUAUCAAAGACGUUGUAAAAUAUGGAGAACCUGAGUUAAAGAUGGGAACUGUGCUGUCAUACUUUGGACAGUUGUGCGGACAUGGAAAUAAGGAAGAGAAGGAGAGAUGCUUGCGGGCUAAUGACAGAACUUUCAACCUGUGUUUCCGCUAUGCUAACAAUGCCAUCAAGACCUCCAAAUACAACAUCUUCACCUUCCUGCCACUUAAUCUUUUUGAGCAGUUCAGGAGGCUCGCUAAUGCCUACUUCCUCUUCCUCCUUAUCCUUCAGUUGAUCCCACAAAUCUCCUCUCUGUCAUGGUUCACCACAGCUGUCCCUUUAAUAUUGGUGCUGUCUAUAACAGGAGUCAAAGAUGCCAGUGACGACAUAAACAGACACAAAUGUGACAGACAAGUGAAUAACCGGAAGGUGGACGUCCUCAUGGAUGGCCAACUCAAAAAUGAAAAAUGGAUGAAUGUUCAGGUUGGGGACAUAGUCAAACUGGGGAAUAAUGAGUUUGUCACAGCAGACCUUCUGUUGCUGUCUAGCAGUGAGCCCCUUAAUUUAGUUUAUGUGGAAACAGCUGAACUAGAUGGAGAAACCAAUCUGAAGGUGAAACAGGCUCUGACUGUAACUGGAGAGUUGGGAGACAACAUUGAGGCACUGGCUGCCUUUAAUGGCGAAGUGCGAUGUGAACCUCCCAAUAACCGUCUAGACAAGUUCAAAGGGACUCUGACUGUGAACGGGGAAAGAUACGCCUUGGACAACGACAAAGUGCUGCUCAGAGGCUGUACUCUCAGGAACACUGAGUGGUGCUUCGGUCUGGUCAUCUUUGGAGGUCCUGACACUAAACUGAUGCAGAACAGCGGAAAGUCAAUAUUCAAACGGACAAGCAUUGAUCACCUGAUGAAUAUCCUGGUGUUAUGUAUCUUUGGUUUCCUGGCAUCUAUGUGCUCCAUUUUGACCAUUGGCAAUGCAUUCUGGGAAACAAACGAGGGCUCUGUGUUCACUGUGUUUCUUCCUCGUGAACCGGGCAUUGAUGCUCCUCUCUCAUCGUUCCUCAUCUUCUGGUCUUAUGUCAUUGUCCUUAACACAGUGGUACCAAUUUCACUCUACGUCAGCGUGGAGUUCAUUCGUCUGGGAAACAGCUUCUUCAUAGACUGGGACAGGAAGAUGUACUAUCCUAAGAACGAUACUCCAGCUCAGGCAAGAACCACCACACUCAAUGAGGAGCUCGGCCAGAUUAAAUACAUCUUCAGCGAUAAGACUGGCACUCUGACACAGAACAUCAUGACUUUCAACAAGUGCUCCAUUAAUGGAAAAGCUUAUGGGGACCUCUAUGAUUUCUCUGGACAAAGAGUGGAAAUUACAGAGAGGACAGAAAGAGUGGACUUCUCCUGGAACAAUCUGGCAGAUCCAAAGUUCAGCUUUCAUGACCACAAUCUGGUGGAGAUGGUGAGAAGUGGAAACCCUGAGACUCAGGAGUUCUUCCGCUUGCUAUCCCUGUGUCACACUGUCAUGCCUGAGGAAAAGAAAGAGGGGGAGCUCAACUAUCAGGCUCAGUCACCUGAUGAAGGCGCUCUGGUAACUGCUGCGAGAAACUUUGGAUUUGUAUUCCGAUCACGCACACCAGAGACCAUCACAGUCGUAGAGAUGGGCAAACAAGUCAUCUAUGAACUUCUGGCCAUUCUGGACUUCAGUAAUGUUAGGAAGAGGAUGUCAGUGAUAGUGCGCAGCCCAGAGGGGAAGUUGACUCUAUACUGCAAAGGUGCAGACACCAUGAUUUUUGAAAGACUGCACCCCUCCUGUAACAAACUGAUGGAAGUAACCACUAACCACCUCAAUGAGUAUGCAGGUGAUGGCCUCCGUACACUUGCUCUGGCAUAUAAGGACUUAGACAAGACCUACAUGAUAGAUUGGAAACAUCGCCAACAUGAGGCCAGUGUUGUCAUGGAGGGACGUGAAGAAAAACUUGAUGAACUUUAUGAAGAGAUUGAGAAAGAUAUGAUGCUGUUGGGAGCGACAGCUGUGGAAGACAAGUUGCAAGAUGGUGUCCCACAGACCAUUGAGCAACUGGCUAAAGCUGACAUCAAAAUCUGGGUGUUAACUGGAGAUAAGCAAGAGACAGCAGAGAACAUUGGCUAUUCUUGUAACAUGCUAAGAGAGGAGAUGAAGGAUGUCUUUGUUAUCUCAGCCAACACUGCUGAAGGAGUCAAAGAGGAGCUACUGAAUGCAGGAAGAAAAAUGUGUCCUGAAGCAGCAGAGGAGCCAUCUGUGAUUAAAUCUCGAGCAGGCCUGUUUUGGCUUAAAAAGACAGAGACUGUGCAGGAUGAGAAGGUGGAUGGAGAUUAUGGACUAAUUAUAAAUGGGCACAGUCUGGCCUUUGCACUGGAGAAGAACUUGAGGCUGGAGCUGCUGAGGACAGCAUGCAUGUGUCAGACAGUGAUUUGCUGCAGGGUCACUCCUUUGCAGAAGGCCCAAGUGGUUCAGCUGGUCAAGAAAUACAAGCAGGCUGUCACUCUUGCCAUUGGGGAUGGGGCCAAUGAUGUCAGCAUGAUAAAGGUUGCUCAUAUUGGUGUAGGUAUCAGUGGGCAGGAAGGCAUGCAGGCAGUGCUGUCCAGCGACUAUUCCUUUGCCCAGUUCCGUUACCUUCAGCGCCUCCUGCUGGUGCAUGGCCGCUGGUCCUACAUACGCAUGUGCAAGUUCCUUGGAUAUUUCUUUUACAAGAACUUCACUUUUACGCUUGUCCAAUUCUGGUACGCCUUCUUUUGUGGUUUUUCUGCACAGACUGUGUAUGAUGAGUGGUUCAUCACCUUCUACAACAUGGUUUACACAGCUCUUCCAGUCCUUGGCAUGUGUCUCUUUGACCAGGAUGUAAAUGACCGUUGGAGUUUAUACCAUCCUCAGCUCUACGCUCCAGGCCAGAAGAACCAAUACUUCAAUAAGAAAGCUUUUGUGAGCUGUGUGAUGCACAGCUGCUACAGUUCCUUAAUCCUCUUUUUUAUUCCAUGGGCUUCCAUGCAUGACACAGUCAGAGAUGAUGGAAAAGAAAUUGCUGACUAUCAGUCUUUUGCUGUAUUGGCACAGACUUGUCUGCUUAUUGUGGUGUACACACAGCUGUGUCUUGACACCUAUUACUGGACAGCAGUGAACCAUUUUUUUGUGUGGGGAAGCAUGGUGGCCUACUUUGCCAUCACAUUAACCAUGUGCAGCAAUGGCAUGUUUUAUAUCUUCACGUCUUCUUUCCCCUUCAUUGGCACAACAAGAAACUCUUUGAACCAGCCUAAUGUGUGGCUCACCAUAUUCCUGACGUUCCUCCUCUGUAUCCUGCCUGUUGUUGCUUUCCGCUUCAUAUUUAUACAGCUUCGUCCUACCAUUAAUGACAAGGUGAGGUAUAAGAUGCGUACAGAGGAGUUGCCUGCACCUGCACCUCGUCGCCUACGAAGAAGGCGUAGUACUCGGUCGGGUUACGCCUUCUCUCACUCCCAGGGCUAUGGUGAUCUGGUAACAUCUAGAAAAUUCCUGAUGAAACGCUCCACCAAGAGAGCCCCUCUGUUCACCCAGACAGACUCUUCCAUAUUUCAAAAUCAGCCGCAGCACUACCGCACUAUUGCUGAGGAAGCCGAGGAGUCACAGAGUCACCAGCUCUAAGACGGCAGCACACAGGGACUGAAACACAGACAGUAUUUUAUUUUCCUAACACUGGAGCCAACCUGGCACUGAAGAAAAGAUGGUGUCUUAUAAUGUGUGAAUGUUGAUAUCUCUGUGAAAAUAUUAAUUUUGCAUCAGAGAGCACAAUGAUUGUUUUAUUUUUUGUGCUCAAUAAGUACACUUUCAUAUUGUGCAACUUCAAUUAUUACUGGCCAGUUUCUGAAGCACACUUGAAGAUUUUACAAAGAUGUUCUACCUUGGUUUUAGUUAAUUUUAUUACAAAUACAAUCGGCUUGUGGAUUAGGAUAAAAAAAAAAAAGGUGUAUGUAGUCCGUAGUGUUUUUUUCUUGGUUUUGAAAUAGGUUUUCAAACUAAAUAGCUGAGAAAUUGCAAAUAUAGUAAUUUAUAUUGAUUUUUAAUACAGGGUAUAUACUAAACAGUUUUGUUUGUAGGCAAUGAUCUUGAAUACUGUACUAUAAAUUGCAAUCUCAUUGCAACUGCAAUAAGAUUAAUUCUGUACUGCACAGAGAUUUAUUUUUGCCUUCAUUGGUUGUUUGGUUGUAAAGAGCAAAAACGAGAAACUUGAAAUCUUUUUUCAUUAUUUUUACAUGUAUAGUUUAUACGAUGUAGUUAUUUACAUGAAGAUUAUGUGUUAUUAUACUGUGUUAAUAAUUUAACAUUCAGUCCUUCAUGAACCAAUAACUUAACCUGGCACUACUACAGUCACAUUAUUCACAGCGGACAGCCAGUUAUUAGUCUUAUCUCUGUAACUGUUUAUUUUUUCCUUUUCAUAAUCUUGUUUUUAAAACAGAAACCAGAAUAAAAUAUUUUUUUAUAUUUAGUAAGGUAUUGAAUUCUGGAAAAGUGGAUUGGUAUAAAAAGGAGAUAUCUAAUUUUCUAAUCCAGGCUUCAAGCAGAUAGUUAUUAACAGUUGUCAAAUCAUUGGACCAUGCUUCUGGAUGGCUGUAUUCAUUUUCUUCAUCAUGUUAAGACUUUGCUCAUACUCCCUGAGUAAUAAAUUGCUUUUUCUAGUUCCAGCUGAUCAUCAUCCGUCAGUUGAGCUGUAAUAUAUUUGUUUAUGAAAAACACAGAAGUAGUGUAUGUGUGAGCUUCCUCUUUGUUGACGCUCUACACAGUAAAAGCAGUUAACGACACACAAGGACUGUGAACUCUGAACUCAUGCACUGUUUUCACACUGUGUUGCUCAGUGGAGCCCUUCAAAAUCCACUCUUUCACUUUGCUGCCUUUUUAUUGACUUAAUCAAUCGAGACCAAAGCAUUUCCGCAGCUGAAAAUGUUGAAAAUGUUGUUAUAGUUCCUGACUGUAUCCCUCAACAGGCCAAGGUUUCCUCUCAUCGGUUACAUGAAUUUGACAACAGCUUUAUUUCACUAGUUUCUUGACUUUUUGUUAAACUUAUUUAUUUCUAUCUUUCCCGUCAUACUGAAUGUACCUAUGUGUACUUCAGUCACACACUAUAUAAAGAACAAUUCAUUCUGUGUCAAAGAAAACAUGAACCAAGACAGAAAUUCUUUGAAAUAAAUGUGUGGUUUUAUCAACUUA